GAAUAACUAAAAAUAAAAUAAAAUAAAAGGACUAUCGUUUCUUCUCCGCUUCCUUGUGUUCUCUCUGUAUCUGCAAAUAUCAGUUUUCAUUUUCUUUUCUAGGAUUAGACUUGGAUCCUUCUCCUUCUAGGUUUAAAUGGCGGAUUCAGUACCUGUGAUAGGCGUGGAUGAUGGUCCAAAAUCCCCCAAAAUGGUUGGCAACGAUCAACCCAAGGAGACCCAGAAGCGAAAGAGAGCAUCCUGGGUUUGGGAAGCCUUGAGCGAUGAACAGAGAGAGGCACAGAUCAAGCGAUUGAAGCAAGAAAUGGAUGGACUUUUUGGGUAUUAUAAAGAAGUGGUGGAGCAGAAGUCGGGUUUGGGAAUGGAGUUACUCGAGUCGGGUUGUUCAUUGAAUUCAUUGGUUGCAGUUCUGAUGGAGGAGAGCGACUUGCCCCUGUUGAGAUUGAUAGAGACAAUUCAUGAAAAGGUCAAGGACAGAAUGGAAAAUGUGAGUAUGGCCGCGGUGAAAAGCGCGGUGCUGUUUGUUGGGCAGAGAGUGAAAUAUGGAUUGGGUAACGAAGAUGCUGAUGUUUUGGAGGAUGAUUCUCAAUCUUCUCUCUGGUGUUGGGAGACCAGAGAUUUAAAGUUGAUGCCCAAAUCUGCGCGUGCCGCAUUAAGAACUCGUCGUACUUGUAGGAAUAAGAUUAGUGAGAGGAUUACUGCUGUUUCUGCAAUGAUAACCCUGUUAGAAAAGUGGGAGGAUAAUCAAAAGUACAAUCAUGGUUUAGUGAAAGCAUCAGAAAAGCUUUUCAAAGUAUUAAAUGAGGCAGACAUUCGCUUCUUAAUGCGUAACAUGUCACAGCAGAGUGGUGCCGAGAUGGAUGCGAAAGAAGCAAAGCAAGAAGAAAAAUUGUUAAUAAAGCAAUUGGAGAGAAACAAAAGAGAAAUGGAACAGGAGAAAAAGAAACUGGACCGUGAGCUCCAGAAGGAAAAGCUGCAAAAUGAAAAGGAGAGAAAGCGAUUGCUGGAGGAGGCGGAAAAAUCUCAUAGGCGUCGUGAACGAGAAGAGGCUGAGAUGAGGAAGCAGCUCCGGAAACAGCAAGAGGAGGCUGAGAGAGAUCAUUUGCGGCGAGAGAAAGAAGAGGCAGAAUUGAAGAAGAAACUUUCGAUUCAAAAGCAAGCUUCAGUAAUGGAGCGCUUCCUCAAAAAAUGUAAAACAUCACCAACCCAGAUGGAGGAAUUAACUAAGCGAUUCACAUUUUGUGCAUCCACCCAAAAGAUUGAAAAACUGCCCGAACCAAUUACUCUCUCCAUGGACAAUGCUCUUUCAUCCAAUGAAGAAAUCAAUGCUGAUUAUCUCCGCAAGUUACACUUAUCUUCUUGGCGUAACUUAGGUCAUUCUCUCCGUUCAAAUCAAAAACAGUGUUGGGGCAUGCGGAAGAAACCUAAGACUGAUUUGUUUAAGGAGCUUAAGUUAACUGCUAAUAAAAGGUUAUCCCAAGAUGAACUGAGUGUUGAAAGGCUAGUGGAUGUAUGGGGAGAACAGAAUUCUGAUUUUAACAAGUCUUGUGUAAGGAAGCAGUUGUUGCAGUUUGAUGCGAGCUACAGACCUGCAUUUUAUGGUAUUUGGCCUAAGAAAAGCAAUGUUGUUGGACCUCGCUGCCCAUGGAGGAAGGACCCAGAUUUAGACUAUGAUGUUGAUAGUGAUGAAGAAUGGGAGGAGGAGGAGCCUGGGGAAAGCCUCUCAGAUCACGAUAAAGAUGAAGACGAGGAAAGUUGUGAUGGAUGCACUAAAGCUGAUGAAGAUGAAACUGAAGAUGGAUUUUUUGUUCCAGAUGGAUAUCUGUCAGAAAAUGAGGGGGUACAAGUUGACAGGAUGGAAAUUGAUGUUCAUGUUGAGGAGACUCAAAGUUCCCAUAUUAAUGAGCAAGUCACUCAAAACGAGGAGUUUGGUGCAUUGCUUCGGCAGCAGAAUUACCUCAACAAUUUAACUGAGCAUGCACUUCGAAAAAAUCAGCCAUUGAUCAUUUUAAAUUUAUUGCAUGAAAAAGCCUCGUUGCUAAUGGCUGAAGACCUUAAUGGUAAUCCUAAAUUGGAACAGGCUUGCUUGCAAGCUCUAAGUCUGUUGGCAUGUCCUGGUGCCCCAUCUGUAGAGAUAUCACUUGAUAGCAUGGUAUAUGACAAUCAAGAAGUUUGUUUGUCGGGUGGGAAGGCUGUUGCAACACCAGUAUCAUCUGUGGAGUCAAUUCCAGAUUCAGAUUUGCCUCUAAUAGUAUCUACAAUUCAGUCAUGCUCCCAUGGUAUCAAUAGGUUGGUAGAGUCUUUACAACUAAAGUUCCCUUCAAUUCCAAAGACUCAGUUAAGAAACAAAGUGCGCGAGAUAUCAGACUUCUUUGAUAAUCGUUGGCAGGUCAAGAAAGAAAUCUUAGUGAAGCUUGGCAUGUCGAGUUCACCAGGGAAGAGUGGUGGACGAACCAAAACAAUUGCUGCAUUUUUCACGAAAAGGUGCUUGCCUCCUAAUAAAGGUAUCGGCGACAGAAGCAACCCCAUUGAAACUUCUCCCCAGCAAUUAAUGAAACCAGGUUGUGAUGGGCAGGGCCAGGAGCAGACGAGUUGUACAUACAACCACCAUACAUCCUAACUUUCGCAUACUUGAGAAUUUUUGCAGACUACUUAUGAAUAGCAAGCAGUUGUCUUUAUGGAGUCUCAAUACAGUAUGAUUACUGCUUGACAUAGGUUUUGGACGGUAAAAAAUGCUAUGUUCUGAACAUGGUCGGUGAUUAUAAAUUUAACUUGAAAAUUGGAACACUGUUAUCUUA